AUGAACGCCAUUCUUGACUUAUCCACUCACAAACUCUUGGUUCUCUUUUUCAUGUUUCUUGGCAUUGGCUGUCUAAACUGCCGCAAUCGCCGCAUUAAAUGCGACGAAAAGAAGCCAUGCAGCUACUGCACUCGACGAGGACUUGAGUGCAUCCAACCAGAGUUCAUUGUCCGUCAUGGAUGGUCGGAAUCCGCUGCGGCGACCACGGGUACAAACAGUGAGCCGGCCACAUCAUACGAGACAUUUCGACAAAUUUAUUCAGCCGAACACGCUGGAACAGCCUUGCCCUCAACUGAUGUUACUCCCAGCAGUGAGCUUUUGACUAACGAGACGGCCAAGCUAUUGCGAAUUUAUCAAGAGGGUAUUGGGACUUGGAUGGACAUUCUGGAUCACUCGCUCACUUUCCAACGUCAAGUCCUAUCAUCUGCACUUUCGUCACCUCUGCUGUUCCACUCAAUAUGUGCCUUGUCAGCCAAGCAGAUGAGUCUUACUCAAGACAAUGGUCUUUGGGAGCCCAUCUCCUCACAUCACUACGGCGAGAGUCUCAGAUUGCUUAUUCAUGACGUCACUGUUGAAGGAACAAAGAGAGCCACUAUGCUCUCGGCCACUAUUCUUCUGUGCAGCUAUGAGCUGCUCGCCUUUCCUGGCGCGGAUUAUCAGCGUCAUCUGUUUGGGGGCCGAACCUUGAUCGAGGCAGAUGUUAACGUCGUGUCGGCAACCAACCUGGGUCGCGCCAGCUUUUGGAUCUACGCACGGCAAGAUGUUUCCCUGGCGCUGGUCAAUGAACGGCCAACUCUGAUUCCACCAAGGGAAUGGCCGGCUGUUCCAUUUUCGAACGAGACACAGGAAGACGCUCUCGGGAAACGCAUUCUCUGGUUGCUCGCCAGGAUAAUCGAGAUUAGAUUUGCUCUACUAAGCGACGUCGAUGGCGACACACUGGAGGAUAAUCUCGAUAUUAUAGUAUCAGAAAUCGUCCAUUGGCCAGAGAACGUUCCUCCGCACGCUCGCGGAGUUGACAUCCAAGGUGACCUGGCCGACGGACUCAAGCAAACAUGGUUCUGCGUCCCUUCAGCAGGUCAGAGAUCACACCCUGACACUGGAAGUUAG